AUGCAAUUGAGGAAAGGAAUGGAGUCUUCAAGAAGCCGCCCCGUAUCAGGGGAAACCGCGACAAAAGAGACCCCAAAAAGUUCUGAUGAAAUCGAGGAGCUGAUUCGAAGAGGAAAGUUUGACAAAUACAAAAAGAACGAGGAAGGUCAUCCCCGAGCGGAUGACAAAGAAGAAAAUCAGAACGCGAGUGGUUUGAGAACACCUCGCAAUAUAUUAACAAUCAUUGGAGGGCCCCAUAUCGCAGGAGACUCCCGCAAAUCUCAAAAGCGAUAUGCCAAGGAAGCUAAAGAGAAGCCGCUCACCAAUGUAAACAAUCUCAGUGAACAGCCAGAGAAAUUGUUUAAAAGAGAAUGCGACGUCAUCACCUUUAUGGAAAGUGAUGCGAAAUGGGUCCAUCACCCGCAUUCCGACGCACUAGUCAUUGUCGCCAAUAUUGGCGGAGACAAUGUCCACCGUAUACUCGUGGACAAUGGAAGUUCAGUGAAUCUCUUGAAUUUCCAAGCUUUUAAACAAAUGGGGUUGCAUGAGAAGGACCUGCGACCUGUGACGUCGAGUAUAUAUGGUUUUACCUCACACUGA